GGUUUUCGAGAAAACCUAAAGCGGACGGUUAAUUAAUUGCUAAUAAGGAAGUGAUUUGACGCGUUACGGGUUCUGUUUAGAAACCAAUUUGCACAGGUGUUAGAAUACAUGUCCAAACGGACGUAAAUUGUAACAGUGUAUGACUUGAAUUAUUCAGCUGUGUAGAGUUGAUUAGAUUUUCGCUUGACUGGGCAUGGCUUAGUAUUAGGAACACAUGAAACAUUGUUGUUAGUUUGUGUUGAAGUGAGGUUGUUUGUCAGUGGGCGGGGCUCCAAGAUGCCGCGGAAGCUGCUGAAGUUCCUGAUCGUGUUCGACAACACGUCGCUGCUGUACUUCCCGGGCCAGUUCCUGUCCGGGAAGGUGCUCAUGGAGCUGCAGGAUGACACUCCUGUGCUUGGGCUACAUUUCCAUGUAGUGGGGGAAGGAGUGGUCCGCGUGGGCUCCGGGCGGCAUGAGCGGCUCUUUGACAAGGAAAACUACAUCGACUUCAGGAUGAGGCUGCUCGGUGAACCAGGGAACGGCGCCUCAGUCCUGUCCCCUGGCAUCCACAGCUUCCCGUUCAAGCUGGGGCUGCCGCAGGGGCUCCCGUCCACGUUCCUGGGCACCCACGGCUGGGUGCAGUACUACUGCAAGGCGGCGCUGCGGGAACCCAACGGACUCACGCACAAGAACAGACAAGUCUUCAUAGUCUGCAACCCUAUUGAUUUGAAUAUGGAACCUCCCGUUCUCUCGCAAGAAUUCGAAUGCAGCGUCGAGCACCGUCUCGGCGUCGGCUGCGUGGGCGGCGGCAGCGUCGCCUGCCGCGUCACCCUCGACCGCGGCGCCUACGUGCCCGGCGAGACUAUAGCGCUGAGUGCGGCCCUGGCCAAUCACUCCCGCACGACUAUACGCGGCACUAGAGCCACGCUCACGGAGACGAUCCAGUACUCUGCGCACGGUAAAGUGUGCGCCAAGGAGGUGCGCGAGCUGGCCGCCCUCACGCGCGGGAAGGUGCGCCCCGGCGGCACCGACACGUGGAGGCGCGAGCUGCUGUACAUACCGCCGCUCCCGCCCACUAAUCUACGCGGCUGCCACCUCAUACAAGUGCAGUACGACGUGUUUUUCAUAAUCGAGCCUAAGAGCCUGGAGAAGGAGGUGAAGCUGCAGCUGCCGAUCCUGCUCGGCACGUACCCGCUCGCCUCGGAGCGGGACUCCCAGCCCCCGCCCAUCUACCCCAGCACGCUGCCCGUGUUCCGGCCCUGGCUGGCCGACAAGCCGCAGCACUGAACCACCACCCACCGACCAAUCAACUAUAAAUACACUCUAACGACACUAUGUAAAGGCGUGUCUCGAUAUAGCGCGGCGGCCGCGCGAGCAUCGGCUCGCGAGCCACUUCUGGCAUCAUCUUGAACUAUAGCGCGGUAAGCGAUCCAACGUUCGAAAGGGAGCGUUCAAGUAUUACGUAACGCAAUUUUUAAAGAUUUUUGACCCCCCUUCCCACCCCCCCCAUGUAACGCACCAUAACGUUUUUCUGCCAAGGGUUGCCAGUUUGGGAGUUUUAAUUCCCUAUUUUUUUAGAAACAAUGUUACGUAACGUGUUGUAAGAAAGACCCCCUCCCGCCCCUGUAACGCAUCGUAACGUUUUACGGGACCCCCCCCCCAACUCCAAGUUGCGUUACGUAAUACUUGAACGCUCCCAAACAUAUAGUCAUCUGUCCCAACUGCGCGCGAACAAAACACUGAAACUCCCAUGACACUCCCGCGCGCUCCAGCGCGGCUGCCGCUCGAGCCAAUGUUCGAUAGUUUGCCGCGGUAUAUCGAGUCGAGACGCGGCUUACGUAUAGUCAGUCUAAAUCACACCAGCAACAAGAGUCGCAAAUCACCGUGUUGACGUACCAUCCACAAAACUAUGUCUCAGUAGGACUACUUAUGCUCACUGUAGUGGUGCUCCCACAUUGGGCUGUUAAUGCUAUAAAUGUUAUAUGACAUGAUGUGACAGGGACCGCGCGCCAUCGCGCUAUGAGCAAAGAACGAUCCACCGGUUCUAAAGAGACAGCUCAAGUUGUGGGAAAUGUCUCGUCCGAAGCGAACCUCUUUACGUGAACUGAUGAUUCCGUCCUUUCAGUAAAUAGUUACAUAUCUUAAAAUAUUUUUAACAAAUUAAUGUUAUGACUAUAAAUUUUGCAAUCUAUUUUUAUAUGAUUUUGUACUAGUAUUGCUCAAAAUAUUCUUAUACAAAAUUAAGUCUUUUUUUUUAAUGAAAUUUUUGAAAUUUUUAAUAAAUUAAAUAUUACACUAUUAAGACAUUAUUUUAUUGUGUGGAAUUGACUAUGUCGACCUAUUUCUAAUACUUUAUUACUUUAAUUUAAUUCCAUACAGUAAAUAUUUAUAAAUUAUAUUGUACUUUUGUACUAUUUUUUUUUUCAACUGUAAAAUGUACUUAAUAACGCAUAAUAUACUUUGAUUGUAUAAGCUUUAAAUUAUGUUAUGUGUUUCAUAUCUGUUUGAAACGUGUAAACCUUUUCAAGUCAUAUGAAAAGCCAAAAUCACUAAACGAUCGUUAAUAAUAUUGAUUGAGCGUACUUUAAACAUUAUUGAUUAUUAUUUGAGCUACUCAAAAUGUUUGAAACCAAUUUAUUGUAUUGAAGUUUCCGCUUACUUUUGUGCCAUCACAUUACCGCAGUUAUUUUUUAAAUAUUUUUGUUUAUCAAUUAAAUUUAAGGACGCUGUACACAUGGGCCCAACGGUUCGGCCAACCCUUGGACAAGCCCCUUCCUUGGCCAAGCGUGUAGAAGGCUGCUUGGCCGUAUGUUGGCAGUUUGCGCCAGCGCUGGCCGGCCAACCGACAGGUGUCGGUUUUUUGUCCACACAUCAAAAUAUCUUGGCGCACAUGGCCAUGCAUGUUCACACGUCUCAUUCAGUAUGUCGUCAUCCGUCUGAUCCAUCAGAGAGGACAGUAUUGAAAGAUUUACGAAAAUAAUAAGUUAAUCUAUGCCAAUAAUAGUAUUGAUUUUAGGGAUUAAAAUACCCUUGCAAAUGUAUAAUGUAUUGCCUAAAAAAGAUAAAUAUGCUUAUCAGAAUAUUUAAAAAAAAAUCAGAUGAUUUAAUUAUAUUACGAGGUUAUUAUUUAUUCAUUAAAUUUUGCUGCCAACGUAAAUUACCUAGCCUUUUCCAUUCUACGUCUAUCUUUUAUGAAGAGCCAAUGCCAAGUGAUUGGUUCACCAAUGUGUAAACAACGGCUCUUAUCUUGGCCAAGGGCUGGCCCAACCGUUGGGCCCGUGUGUACAGCGGCUAUUAGAGGUGUUUUUAUGUUUUUACGAAUACUCUCGAAUAGUCGCAUUAAUACAUGUACUUAUGUAUAAAGGUAUAAACUUGGAGUACAGGAAUUUUCAUAAUUUUAUGUAUUAGGUUUAGGGUUUAUGUUACAUAACUUCCGAAAUAUGAUAUUUUAUUACGAUAAAAGUAAGGAUAUAAUUAUUUAUAACAUAACAGUAUAUACGACUAACCUGUGAUAAACCAGUCCGUCCAGUGUAAUAUGAUGAAAUAAAAUAAAAUAUACUUUUUAGGAA